CUCCUGUUCUUAUUGAAUUUGUUUUCAAUUCUAGCUGGAUGAAAAAACCUCAAUCGUUUUGACUGACUUUAGAAUUUUGUAUUCCAUUGUUGUCUACUUUUAUCUAACCCUUUUUUGUUGUUGGAUCGUUAGGGUUUUGAUUAUGGAGGUCAAAGAGGAAGUUUAUAGUGAUGGAUCUUACGAAUUUGUCAAUUUGGAUGAUAUCUCUAGUAACACGGAUCGAUCCAGUGAUGGUUCUUACGACUUCCUUUCUUCUUCUGAAGAAGAAGCUUCAAACACUACACUUGUUAAUGAGGACAAUACACAAAUCAAAUCUUGUUCACUAGGUUUACCAAUAAAUGAGAAUUCAAAAUUCAAAGAUUCAACCAACUCUCAUGAUGAAGAAGAUGAUGAUGAUGAAGAAGAAGAUGAUGAGGAUGAUGAGAAUGAAGAAGAUAAAGAUGAAGAAGAUGAAGAAGAUGAUGAUGAUGAUGAUGAUGAUGAUGAUGAUGAUGAUGAUGAAGGUGGAGAAGAUGAAGAUGAUGAUGAGGAUGGAGAAGAUGAAGAAGAAAAAGAUGAAAAUGAUGAUAAAGAAGGAAUGAAGUUUCUUGCUAGUAACAAUAUGGUAACACUAACACCCAUGUCUUUUUUUUUGUAUAAAUCAUUUUAGUUUACUCAAUAAUCAUUAUCACUCAUAUUCAAAUUUACAGAAUCAAAACCAGAAGUUAGCUUGAUGCCUAAUUAUCAUAAGUUAAAAGAAGAAAUAACGAUACAAUACUUGGCAAAAACCUACAUCCUUCCUUACCUUCCAGCCAAAUCAUUAGUCGGGUGUAAACUUGUCUAUAAAGAAUGAGAUUCAUGGAUAUCAAGUCCAUUGUUCACCCAUACCCAAAGUCAAUUUAGUCAAACUUCAAGUAUCUUUGAAGACGAAUUUAGAUCAAUUUGUUUCACCUCCCUUGACCACUUCACUUAUGGGGUUCCUUUACCUUAUUUAAAUCUCCUCCCAAAAGAAGUUUCCAUAAAAAGCUCAUGCAAUGGGUUGCUUCUUUGCCAAGAUGAAAACGAAAAUUGCGUUUGUAACCUUGCAAACAAAGAGUCCAUCAAACUUUUCCAAAUUCUACUUACUACCAUAGCCAAGAAGCAAAAAUUGUGCUUGCUUUUGAACCUUAUCUUUUAAAUUUCCAACCAUCUUAUCACGUUAUAUGCCUGUUCUCUCUUCCUAAUGAAGAACCCAUUUUGUAUUUUGACAUUUAUGAUUCAAAUACAAAAUCCUGGAGGGUUUCUGAAGAAAUAUGUGUCGAUUUCAAUGAAUCUGAGGUGAAAAGCGAGGGUGUUUUUGUAAAUGGAGUUGUAACUGGGAAACGACAAGUGGCAAGUUGUUAGCCUUUGAUUUCAAGCAUGAAAUCUAUGGUGUUCAAAUACUCCCCGGAGGUGGUGCAUUGUCGAAGGUCCAUGGAGUGUUAUGUUAUGUCAAAGGACAUUAUCGUAAUUCUACCAAAAAGUUUGUGUUGGAUGUUUAUCAUGGUGGUCUUCGGUCAUUGAAAAAUACCAUGAGUUUUUUCGCUCCCAUUGAUGAUGUUAAAAAGGGUGACGAGGUUUAUUAUAGUGUUUUGGGUAAUUCAUGUGAUGAUGUUGUUGGUGUGAUUUUGAAGAAGUCGUGUGAAGAGUUGAAUCUUUUUGUUUAUCAUGUGAAAGAUGGAAAGGUGGAAGGCCUGUGGUUUAUCUCUAGUUCCGGUUUUAAUAAGUUGUUGCCUUAUGCUAAUAGCCUUGUCUCCAUUGCUUAAUGUUUUUUUUAAUUAGUAGUUAGUAGAUGACAGUUUUGCCCCUUGGUACAUAUGUUAUUACUUUGCUUUUUUUUUGAUGUUUGAUAUCGUUUUAAUUGACAUGGUAGUUUCUUGAGAUGUUUAAUCUUGAUUUUUUUGGGGGUUAAUUUGGUCUUUAGGUCAUUAUAUGAUCAUAUUUUGUUUGAAUUGUGAGGCGAGAGAAUGGUCCAUCUUUGUAGGAGGGGAAAGACACGGUUGACUUUUCUGAAUUGGGAAUAUCGCGAUGCUCUUUCUCUCUCCUCCCUUUCUUGAGUCCUUUCUUUAUUCUUCAUUCAGUUCUAGAUUUGCAUUGAGGAGGAAAAUCAAGAAAAAUACCACUACUACACAAUUAUUAGUAAAUAGAUUAUAGGGGUGGUGAAUUAAAAGUUACAGAUGAAGGUCUGAUUUUUCCGGCAGAGGGAUUCUAAUUCCGAGGGCCGGAAAAAGUUCAUCUUGACAUAUGGAACCGGCCCCAGAGGCUGCUCCGGCCCCCACAUCGCCACCACCUUCAGAUUAUUCACCACCACCCUCACCGCCUGAAGACAGUGGAGGAACUCCGCCGCCUGCCGCUCCUUUACAGCCGCCAUCAAACCCAACCUCGUCACGAAAGAAGCGACGUCCAUCAUCUACCUUCACCCCUCCUAACUUGUAUCCGCCACGUGGAAGUGCUUCUAACAGAGAUCCUGACAACAAAUUACCUAAAAAUUCUAACCGGAAAUCACCAUAUAAAUCAAAUGACUCUGAUUCAAAUUCAGAUUCUGUUGCCACCACCAGCAUCACAAUCGUCGCCGGAGUAGCUGCCGCCCUUGUGGUGCUUCUUGCUCUCGUUAUCGUUUGUCUGCUUUGUAAUCGGAAGAAGAAGAAACCUUAUUAUUUGGACGAUAGCCAUGAAAAACCUCCAGGAGUAGGCGGUGGUGGACUACACUACCAUGGCAAACCAGACCAUGUCGUCAAAUUCGGAGGUGGCCCCGGCGGCAGUAGUAAUUGGGGACAAUCACCACCGGUGAACACCGGCCGCGCGUCAUCGGGGGCAAGAAUGUCAGCGACAUCCGUCAUGUCUUUAGCUUUCAGGAGCCAAUUUUCAUACGACGAGCUAGCAGCCGCCACCGGAGGAUUCGCCGGAUACAACAUUUUAGGGCAGGGAGGUUUUGGGUAUGUUCAUAAAGGAGUGUUACCCAGCGGGCAAGAGGUGGCUGUAAAGAGCUUAAAAGCGGGCAGCGGACAAGGUGAACGGGAGUUUCAGGCGGAGGUGGAGAUCAUUAGCAGGGUCCACCACCGGUAUUUGGUUUCACUCGUCGGAUAUUGUAUUUGUGAUGCGGAGAGGAUUCUAGUCUACGAAUACGUUCCUAAUAAAACUUUGGACUUCCAUCUUCAUGGAAAGAGUCAACUUGUUCUAGAUUGGCAAACUAGAAUGCAUAUCGCGCUUGGAUCUGCCAAAGGACUUGCGUAUCUUCACGAAGAUUGCCAUCCUCGGAUCAUUCAUCGAGAUAUCAAAUCCGCUAACAUUCUACUUGACCAUGAGUAUGAGGCUAAGGUGGCUGAUUUUGGAUUGGCUAAACUAACAUCAGCUAACGACACACAUGUCUCAACUCGUGUAAUGGGGACUUUUGGGUACUUAGCUCCAGAGUAUGCUUCGAGUGGGAAGCUAACAGAUAAAUCAGAUGUUUUCUCAUUUGGGGUCAUGUUAUUGGAGAUAUUGACAGGAAGGAAACCGGUCGAUCCCUCGAACGAUUACAUAGACGACAGUCUUGUCGAAUGGGCGAAACCACUCAUCGCGAAGGCAUUGGAAGAUGGAGACUACAACGAGCUCGUGGAUCCACGUUUGAAAGGUAAUUACGAACAAAAAGAGAUGGCCCGCAUGGCUUCUUGUGCUGCAGCUGCAGUUCGACAUUCUGCUAGAAAGCGCCCUAAGAUGAGCCAGAUUGUACGAGCAUUGGAAGGGGAUGCAUCGUUGGAUAGCUUGAACGAGAAUACAACAAAAGGAGGGACACCAAUAAGCAAUGGUGAAACAAGAGUUUAUGACACAAAGGACUACAAUGAUGAUAUGAUGAAGUUUAGGAAGAUGGUGAUGUCGAGCCAAGAAUUUAAGAGCAACGAAUACAGUAGCAGAUCAAGUAUGAGCAACGAGACGAAUAAAUCGUGACCUUUUAGAGACAAAAAAUAUAAACUUAUGUAUAGGGCUAAGAAAUGUGUUGGAAAAUGUACCAUUGGAGGUUGGUUUUCCAAAAUAGACAUUAAUGAACCAUUUACACUAA